AUGGGAAUGUGGGAGGAAGCGAGUGACCCAGUGAUGGGGAAGAAGGAUAAAAAUGAGGAGCGGAAGGAGAGAAUCCUGAAUCUCACACUGGAGAUUAUCUAUCUGCUGACUGGAGAGGGCUACGUCAUCCCUAAGAAGAAGAGCCCAACUGUGGGUUUGGGGGCCCUGCAUGCCCCUGGCUCCGUCAUACAGAAGGAAAAUGACAAGAAGAUCCUGGAACUCAUCUCCAACAUCAUCCAGCUGCUGACUGGAGAGGUUGCCAUAAGGUGUGAGGAUGUUUCCAUCUAUUUUUCCUUGGAGGAGUGGGAGUAUAUAAAAGGAAACAAGGCCCUUUACAGGGAAGGGAUAAAGGAGGAGGAGGAGGAGCCCCAGCAGCUCCGCCCACUGGCCUGUGAGUAUAAAGAUGGGAGCGAUGUUACAGCACAUACGGAAGCAACUUUAUGUUGUAAUAAUGAUGGGAAUCUCACAAACCCUCAUGUUUCUCCAGCGGAACAGCCCCCACCGGCCAAUGGGAUUAAAGAGGAGGCGGUUUCAUGUGGAGAGAGAAACCAAUCAGAUUCCAGCAUUAAUCCCCUUACAGAACAGAUACAGGGAACAGACACACCUACUCCUAUCAUGGGGUGCAGCCUGACUAACAGCUCGGCAGAGGAUUAUACAUUGGUUAUUAUUAAAGAGGAAGAAUCUUCAUGUGAAGGGGAAAACCUAUCAGAUUGCACCAUUAAUCCCCUUACAGAACAGAUACAGGGAACAGACACACCUACUCCUAUCAUGGGAUGCAACCUGAAAUGUAAUAAUUAUGAGGAAAACACCAAUCUAUCUCUACAUAACUCUGGAACGACAGAAAACGUAUUACGUGGGAAAUACAGCUGCAACGAGUGCCAUAAACACUUUAGUCAGAAGAGAGACUUUGAGAAACAUCAAAGAACCCAUAAAAGAGAGAAACCUUUUUCUUGUUCUGAGUGCGGGAAAUGUUUUGCCAGCUCAUCUCGCCUUAAAAAUCAUAAUAAAACCCACACAGGGGAGAGACCUUUCUCUUGUUCUGAAUGUGGGAAAUGCUUUAAAAAUCAAUGUAUUCUCAGAAAUCAUCUCAGAAUUCACACAGGGGAGAAACCGUACUCUUGUUCUGAAUGUGGGAAAUGUUUUACCUGUUCAUCGGAACUUACUGUCCAUCUACGACGAAUGCACACAGGGGAGAAACCCUUUUCUUGUCCUGAGUGUGAGAGGUGUUUUAUUAAAUCAUCAGAACUUACUCUCCAUCGACGACGAGCCCACACAGGGGAGAAACCGUUCUCUUGUUCUGAAUGUGGGAGGUGUUUUGCCACUCCGUCAGAACUUUAUGCCCACCAGCGGCGAACUCACACAGGGGAGAAACUUUUUACGUGUUCGGAAUGUGGGAAAUGUUUUGCCACUUCAUCAGAACGUACUGUCCAUCGACGAACCCACACAGGGGAGAAACCUUUUUCAUGUUCCGAGUGUGGGAAAUGUUUUGCCUCUUCAUCAAAACUCACUGUCCAUCGACGAAUCCACACAGGGGAGAAACCUUUUUCUUGUACCGAAUGUGGGAAGUGUUUUACUAAAUCGUCACACCUUACUUCCCAUCACAGAACCCACACACGAGAGAAACCUUUUCCAUGUAAUGAAUGUGGGAAAUGUUAUACGACUUCAUCAAAACUUACUGACCAUCGACGAACCCACACAGGGGAGAAACCUUUUUCUUGUUCUGUAUGUGGGAAAUGUUUUAUUAAAUCAUCAUACCUUACUUCCCAUCAGAAAACCCACACAGGAGAGAAACCCUUUUCAUGUUCUGAAUGCGGGAAAUGUUUUUCAACUAAAUCUAUUCUCAAAACGCAUCACAGAACCCACACAGGAGAGAAGCCAUUUUCUUGUUCUUCAUGAGGACAAUGCUUUGCCUGGAACUCUAGUCUAAAAAAUACUCUUUCACACAGGGGAAAACAAUAAACUGUGAAAUGGAGAGUAGGGUCUUUGUCCUCCACAAGAGAUUCCUCAGACCACUGGCUCUCGGUGAUUCUCAGAAAUCAUCACAGAAUCCACACAGGGGAGAAUCCUUACUCUUCUGCUGAAUGGAAGAGAAUUUUGCCAGAACUUUCUGUGCAUCAACGACGAACCCACACAGGGGAGAAACCUUUCUCUUGUUUCGAAUGUGAAAAAUCUUUUGCUGCUUCAUCAGAACUUUAUGGCCACCAGCGGCGGGGAAAACCAUAAACUUGUUCUAAUUGUGCAGAAGGGUUUACAAAUGGGGCAUCAGGCAAACAUUUCUUUCACUCAGAUUAUAUCUUAAUACAGAUUAGAGUAUUUGAAAUGGGGAGUAUAGGUGCCCAUACAAGUUAAGAUUCGCUCACUUGGCGAGGUCAACAAGCGAGGGGAUCUUCUCUCGAUAUCCCCACCUACAGGUGGGUGAUAUCGGGAAAAUUUAGGCGAAUUCGAUCGUUUGGCCCAUUAUAACGGGAGCAAAGGGUGCCGUCGGUUUGGGGACUGCAUCAACGAGCCAAUCCGAGGGACCGAUAACGGCAGCUACAAUCGGCCAGUGUAUAGCCACCUUUAAGUCUUUGUCCUCCACAAGAGAUCCCUUUGACCACAGGCUCACCAUUGGAAACCUAAUUCCAUUCAUAGAUCACAGACACUGGAAUAUAUCUCCCCCUUCCACCAACAGAUAAUAUUCUGGGUUUUAUUGAACAAAAAGGGAAAUAGUCCACAGUGACUCCCAGGAUAUCAUUUUGGCAGGUGUAUAUAAUGUCCUAAAACAUUCUUUCUUAUGGUUGCAGAGUGGAUAGCGUAACGGAGAUAAGGAUAUUGGAUAAUUUUAUGUAUGUAUUAAAAUAAACCUUUUUCAAACCACA